AUUUACCGUUGUGUGCCUGCUUAAUUGCUGGUUUAAACUUUAAAUGCAAAAGACAAUUCGAUAAUUUCAAUAAGUUACGACUAGAAUUUUUUUAUAAUUUGUUAUUUGAAAUGUUGACGAGACGUUGAAAUGAAAGAGUUGUUGUAUUCGAAAUUAAAAAAUGUUUAUGUUAAAGACGCAAGCCACAACGAAAAAAUUCCUUUGGACAUUAUCAUUAAUGUCGAACAAACUUAUCAUAACAAUGAAAAAGUAAGACUUUUACAUGGGUACUUUAUGCUGUAAUGCUAAUUAAAUUCGCAAAAGUUCUAAACAAUAAUAAUAAUAUCGCUUUAUAGACUAAUAGUAACUGAAUGAAACGAUUAAUUUACAACAAUAAAGAAAACGAAAAUUUCUCUUGCUUUUAAUAAUACUGGCAUAUAGAAAAUUGUAAUAAACCCCUUUCUCUGCAGUGUACGAGUUGGAUUUCCAGAAAUGAUGAUAGAACCUUAAAUGGAUAUUAGUGAGUUCGAGUGGUUGGUCUCGUGGAAAUGUAAAUGUUUAUACAGGAUUCUGGCAGUUUCUUCCAUAGUAUUUAUUUUGAAAUUAGAAGAUUUGAAUUGUAUUCAUAUUUUUUGGCUGCACCGUAUGUCCAAAUACACAUCAAAAAAUGUAUAGAGGAGUAAUUUUAUUUUUCUAUCUAGUAGUUUUCUAUUAGUAUCUAGUAAGCAAGUAAUAAACAGAUUUCCACCUAAAGUUGUUUAGAAGGACUUGUUUGAUUUUUAUAUGAUGUGUCUAGGUCAGGCGUUGGACUUGUAUUAAGCUUACAUAUUUAGCGUUUGAAGAUUUUGAUAUAAUUUUACUAUUUAAAGUGACUGGUGGUACCAAUCCUUGUUUUAAUGUGAAAGUCAAAAUGUGAGGAUUUCUUGUGACAUAUCACUGAAUAUUGAGUAUUAUUACUCUAAUUUUAUAUUUUAAAAAAAAUUGGGAGUAACUCUUAUAUUUGUAAUAAAUAAGGUUCUGGGGACUUAUUGCUCUUAAAAACGUCAAAAAACCUUACCAAAUACAAUUUUCUAUAUAUUUUCUAAUAAUAAUUUGUGUUGUAUUAGAAAAUUAUAUUUAAUAAUUUAGAGUCAUUAGAGAGGGGACAUUUAAACCCUUCUACUAUUCGGUUUAAUAGUAUUUGCUUUAAGUGCUAUUUUUCAAGAUGUUUUUCACCUUUUUUAAGUCUUUUGUGAAUUUUAAGUGAAAUAAGUCCCGAACCCUAGUAGUAAAUAAAUAAAUAUUUAUAUUACCUUUUUCUAGGCAUGGUUAAAAGUUAUAUUUUAAUUUAAAUGAAUGGUGUACAAAAACGAAAAAUAAAAUAGUAAGCUUGUCUAAUUUAGUUCAAAUAAAAAUAAUUAAUCAACAGAUAUAACAGUAUAUAUUAUAAUGUUAACAGAUUGUAUACUUUCCGCUUUCCAGUGAUAAUACUGAUAAAUUAAAAUAUUAAUUAUUAUUUAUUUCAGACUAUAUUAAUAUCUGCUUCCGAUGAAAAUGAUCCAUUAUUCUACAUCACAUCAAAUAUUACUGAAGAAAGUUUCCGAACUAUCAAAGAAUCCCAAGACUUGGUUGUCAGCUUUGACAAUUUUCCAAAUCAAAUUAUACAACUAUUAAAUAAUUCAGACACAAUCUGCGACGAUGGUCCUAAGUGAGAAAUUGAUCUUAAAUUACUUUAUAUUGCCAAAUUUAAUAGAGCAUUUUAUACUUGUACUUGCAUAAUAUUAUUGCAUAUUUAUUAGCUUUAGCCAGCAAAAAUCUUCCUUCAAAUUAUUGGUUGGCUUUAUCUGGCAUUAGAUCUAUUUUGUUAAAUAUAUGUGAAAACCGUAACUCAAAAGUUUUUUAUAUUAAUUUCUACUAAAUAUUUGUGUAUAAUUUUAUUCAAGUGUGAUUGCUAUCACAAAUUAACAACGACCAAUAUGUAUUCUGUAUUAAUUAAACACUCCAUUUGUUACUUUUUAGAUUUAAACUACUAAUUCAAGACGAAAACAUGGGCAAUAAAAUGUACAAAGGUGUCAAAUACAUUUUGAAAAUAAUUGAAUUAAAUGAAUUUAAAAAUCUCUGUCAUUUAGCUAUUGAAAUGUCUAAAGCAUCCGAUGUUGAUGUAGCAAAAAACAUAUGCAAAAAAAUGACAGGAAUCAAAGUAAAUUAAAUUGUUUAGGUAAUAAGUAUUUAUGAUUAAAUAAUAAGUGUAUUAUUAUUUUAGAAAGAAAUUGAAUGUAAAGAUAAAGAAACUGAACAAUUAAAACGAGAACUCUUAAAACUGCACAAUGAAGUUGCGCGAAAUAAAAAUGAACUGGAAAAAUUUCAAUCAUCUGUAAACCAUGAAAAAAUUAGUCUUACUGCUAAACAAGAACAAAUCAUUGACCAUUGGAAAGAAAAAUAUGAAAAAGUAAUUUUAUAAUUUUUGUAUUAUUAUUAAGUUAUAACCAUUUAAAAAUUUGAUAAAGAUACAUCUUAACAACUAUUUUAUUUUUACGUAUGUAUUGGGUUUGUUAAAUGGUUAAAUUUUAAUUUCAAAAAAAAUUAUAGAAAAUUGUUUUGAAGGUUUAUACCUGUUUACACAAAUACAUUAACGGUAUAUUACCAAAUGAUAUUUUUAAAUAAUAAUUGUAUACUUUGUAUAUACAUUUAUUUUUGUUUCUACUUGAUUUGAUUUUUAAUGUUUGAUGUUCAUUCAAUAUAGUUAGAUGAUGAACGAAUGAAACAACUGCGCGAAAUGCAUGCAGAAAUGAUUGCUCAACAAGAAAGACUAAGUGCAUCUUUACAAACGACCAUAAAAUCACAAAAUAAAGAAAUACAAAGCCUCUUAACACAAUCAGAAAAUAAAUCUGAACAAAUUAGGUAUAUUUGUGUUUACAAACUGGUUUAGAUGUCAAUGAUUUAUCUGUAAAAAUGUUGAUUUAGUGAAAUGUCAAUUCGUAUGAAAAAUUUGGAAUCCAAGAAUAAAUCUUUGACUGAAGAUAUCGCAACGUUGAUGAAUAAAAACGAAAACCUCGUAUCAGAUAGAGACAUUAAAAAAAAGAUAAUCGAAAGAAUGCAAAAUCACAUUUCAUCACUAGAAAAUGUUUGUUAUAUUAUUCUAAUGUUAAUUUGAUCUAAUCUUGAACCAUUUUUUAGGAAAUAAAACAAAACACACAAUUGCUUCAAAAACAAAAUAAUUAUUACGAGUCAUCUAAUAAGUUCCAAGUAUGUAUACAUUUUGUAUGUAUUUUGUGUUUUAUUAAAUUGUUCACUACUGGUUAUUAAAACCAGUUUUGCAAUAACUGCUCCUCUGUUAAUAAUGUCAACAGCCAAUAAAAAAUAAUAGUUAUUUAUACCUAGACCACACUAUCAUUUAUUAUAUUUAAAUCUUUCAUAUAAUUUUCAUUAAUUUUUUAAAACCUAUAAUUUUCUAUAGUGUAUAUAUUUUAUAUAAUAUUAUAAAAAUCUCUUGUACAUUUUCUUAAAUAUCUGUACAAUUCUUCCAUUAUAAUACUGUUUUAAGCAGAAUGCUGUAUAAUUAUAUAAAUUAAUUAAUGUAUUGAUAUUAAAUACUUAUAACACUUGAGUAUAAAUUUAGUAUUAAUACAUAACUUGAGAUGAUCAAUUAUUCAAUAUAACUGGAUGUAUAUAUUGACUAUUCUUUAAAAAUAAACUUUGAAACUUUGAUCAGUUCAUAACUUAUAAUAAUUAGUGUGCAAUUAGAACUUCAAAGUUUUGAAUGUUAAAAUGUAUUAUUUAUAAAACGAUAAAUUAUAAAUUAAUAUAUAAAUGUGCUCUCAAUCAAUUUUUCAGGAACAAUUGGCAAUUGCUUUGAAAGAAAAUGAAGAACUAAAAAAACGUAGUGAAUCAAAUUUCAAAUCAAUUUGUGAUGAAUUGAAACAAGCGAAUAAAAUAAUUAAAAAAUUACAUGAUUCCAACCAGGAACAAACAGAAAAGGUUUAUUAAAUUUGUUUGCAUUCUAGUGUACUUAUUUGUAAAAAUAACCCGACGUUUACAGCUUAUGUUGAGCAAAGAUAUUGCGUUGAAACAAAAAGAAGAAAUUCAUAGAUAUCAAAAUGAAAACAUGCAGUUGUCUAAAGCACUCAAUGAAAAAACAUCUAAUGUUGAAAGUUUGAAUAUUCAAUUUCUAGAAACUAAAAAUCGGCUUACAGCUGUGGAACAUAGUUUAAAAGAAAAAGAAGACCGUUUGGCGAGUAACGACAAAGGUAAUUCUGUUUUUAAAAUUGAUAGUCGAAAAAUCAUAAUAAUCUAUAUAAACAUAUUUAUUAUCUAUCAGUGAUCCAUUGGUUGAACAGCAAGUUGAACAAUUGUGAGAUUACAGCAAAAUCGUCUAGUAAUUUUGGUGUGUUAUCAGAAACAACUAAUGUGACUAAAAAUACAAAUGCCUAUAAAAACAUAGGGAAAUUUUCCACGUCAACUCCGGCUAGUGCUGAAACAGUAUGAGUUAUUAUAAUUUUUGUGGUGAAAAUAAAAUUUAAACUUUUAUGUUAUGUUUUUAGGACAACAUAAAGCCUAAAUCUAAUGAGCAAAAAUUGAAUGGGAAAACUUUAAGUUCAAACAUCAGGUAAUAAUUAUCUUAACAAUAUUAAUUUAACUCCAUUUUUAUUUUAUUAUUUUGCUAAUUGUCGAGUUAAUCUCAUAAGUUGGACUACAUACCUGAACUAAUGAUGUAAUUAUUAACAGGUGAGCUGCAUUUGCAUGCAACUAAAUUUACUUAUACACAAAAAGACAUAUUUUGAUAAAAUGGCUUAAUCGAUUUUCACAAAACAAAUUAAAAAAUACUGAAGAUAUUUUAUUAUUAUAGUGUCGUUGUAAAGUGAAAACAUUAGGCUUUCAAAAAGUUUUUGUUUUGUGAUAAUUGGUUUGGCACUUUUAAUAAAUAUAUGCCUUUGUGGGUAAGUUGAUUUAGAUACACGCAAGUGUAGUUUAUCUGUUAAUAAUUACAUCUUGAGUUACAGGUCAUAUUUUGUAUGAAUGCUCAAUGCGACAAAAAAAUUAAUCAAAAUUAUGUUAUAUUAUUUAUUUAUAUAAAUAUUUUUUUUUUUUUUUUAGUGAAACAACAAACAACACAAAAAAAAAUGCCCCUAUUCGCCGUGUCAUGUAUGGUCCGCUCAAUUCUGCUGCAUACUUUGCAGCUUAAGUGUUUUAUUAUUAUUACUAUCUUUUUAUAUGUAUUUUUAAUAUUGUGUUAAAUUAUUUCAUACGUAAUAUGUAUACUCUUUUUUUUUUUUUUUACAAUUAUUAUAACCAAUCCAUUUUUAUAUUUUACUUUCAAUACUGUGAUUAUAAAUAUAAUAUAUUUUUACUAUCGAUUUAUAAUAAAUAUAUAUUUCUUCU